AUGCUUCAGCCAGACAUUCGGUACACCAAAGUGCGAUGGCUAUUAACCAUCGCUGGAGUCUUCCUGUAUGUCGGGGACAUUUGGACAGACAUUGUACUGGCUGUGAAAUAUUUUCAAGAGGAACAAUACGUCUGGACUGGGUUCACCGUGAUGUUUAUUCUGAUCGGGCUACUGGUUACUCAGAUCUUCAGCUAUGCCUGGUACUGGGAUGACUUGAAUGACCCUCUCUUAAACCCUGAAGGAAAAAGAGAAAUAUCAGACAUGUCAAAACCUGGGCUUGUUGUCCUGCAUGCAUUUGGAUUUGGCAUCUUUACCAGGUAUUACCACCUGCUGAAAGAGGGUUUCCAAGUGGUUUGGACGAAAUCAAAUGGCGAUGGGGUGGAUAAGCUGAGGGAAGUUCACAAGAAGCUGUUUUGCGUGGCCACCGAUCUGAGCAUGCUCAAGCUCUUUGAGACUUUCCUGGAGAGUGCCCCCCAGCUCCUUUUACAGCUUUACAUAUUACUGGGCCACAACGAGGUCUCAGUCAUGCAGUGUCUAUCUGUGGCCUUCUCCUUCUGUAACAUUGCAUGGUCACUGGUGGACUAUCGCCGCUGCCUGCGGAGAUCUCUCCCCUAUAUCAGAGAAAUGCCCUCUGGCCUCCCCACAGCAAUCUACCUCCUCUACAAAAUUUGUACCAUCACCAGCCUCAUUCUCAGCUACAGCCUCCUUCUCAUACUGAGUAUCUACACCACAGUAGCGCUCACUGUCCUCUGGCUGCUGGCAACAAUAUGGACACACUUGCUUGAAACCAAAUUCUGCUCAAGCAGAAGCCUGGAGUUUCUCUACAGGGCAGUUGCAGGAGUCAUCCUGACAUUCACAUUUUUUAAUGUGAAAGGACAAGACACAAAAGUAGCCAUGACCACCUACUACAUUUUCUGCACCGUUAUUAACAUUAUGUCGCCGUCGUUGAUGGCUUUGUUGAAGCCGGAGCUGCAAACAAGCACAUUGCUGCUGACAAUCAGUGGUUUAAUCUGUGGAUGCUCAGUGCUGGGACUGGUGUGCCUCAUUUUGUACUACGUCCACCUGCAUCCCAGAAGGGUGCAGCGCGAAGAGGAUGAGGUGGACGACCCGGGAAAGGAAACAAAGUCACUUGCAAGAAUCAAGAACUUCUUGAAACCUUAA